ACUAGGGUUCCCAAAUGCCAACGGCCAUUCUCCCUUCAACCGCACUCUAACCCAACCCCACUCCCACAUCCCCAUUUACAGCCCCUUCAUCCUCUCCUCUCUGCAAAAAGGAAAAACAGAGACUUGAGAGGUUUAGCAAACUAAAAAACCCAAUGUCAAAUGUAUAUUCACCCAUCUUUCCCAUUCAAGAACCUCAUCAUUUUAGUGACUAUGGUUUUGACCCUCAAAUUGAUUGCUUUCAGGUUUUGGAAGAAGCGAGGAAGUACAACAAGAGGGAGAGUUCAAGAUCUAUAGACACAAUUCAUUUCAAGCUGCAAAAGCCCAUUUCCAAGGACGAAUCCUCCAAGAAGAUCAAGAAGAACAAGAAGCGGUGGUGGAAGAACGCCUUCCUCUUCUUCAAGAGAGCGGCGCAUGGUGGCGCUGCCACCAAGGAUCUUGAUAAUCAUGGCGGAGUCCAACGUGGCCAUGCAUGCAUAGGACCAAUAUCCGGGCCGGUUUAUAUCACUGAAAGUAGAAGUGGAUCCUCCACCCCUUACCGUAAAAUCAACCGGCCAUCUUCUGGUCCACUCGCCGGAACUUUGACCUCCACCGGGAAAGAUGAGGUGAGGAUCCCUUACAUUAGCCUUAGGGAGCUUAACAUGGACCAGCAACAUAGGAUUUCAUCAAAUGCCAUGCCCAUAUAUUUUGUCACAUGAUGGAUUGAGUCCCUUCUAAAGAUUUUUUAAAUAAGAAUUAUAUUUGUAUUUGUAUUUAUCUUUAAACCUUUUUCUUUUCAGAAGCGUGACACUUUUUACUCCAAAAGUAGUUUGAAGUUUGGAGGGAUGAGAAAGUGUAUUUUUCUCCUUCUGCAUUUGAUGAUAUAUCUUACUUUGUUGA